AGGAAUGUUUAAAUCCUGCCCUUUCAGUCAGACAGAGAACUGAGGAAAGCAGCAGGGGAACUCACCCUGUCUAAUCUGUCUGAUCUGCACACACACACACACACACACACACACACACACACACACAGAUCUGUUUUCAGACAUACUAAUCCUGAACCGUUCACAGUAGCUCCGUCUGGUCUGACAUGAUGCGAGUUCGAAUGCCACAAAAAUCCGUCAGAGCAAAACUGACCAUGUUGUCAAGGUGGGAGGGGCAUCAGUCUCUCUCUCUCUCUCUCGCUCUCUCUCUCCUGUCAAUCACAGCGACACUAGCCAAUCGUGGCUGUCUGUGCGAUCUUGUAUGUGGAAGAGGGCGGAUACGCAGCAAGGAUCUGUCUGUGUGUCUGUCUGUGUGUCUGUCUGCGUGUCUGUCUGUCUUUCUGUGUGUCAGCUGAAUGUAUUGAGCCUUAACCUGAGCCCCACGUGGUUUGAGCGAGUCAGCAUGUUGGUGAUUUUGCUCAACUGCGUCACGCUCGGCAUGUUCCAGCCGUGUCAGGACCUGGAGUGUCACUCGGAGCGCUGCACCAUCCUGCAGGCAUUUGACGACUUCAUCUUCGCGUUCUUCGCGGUGGAGAUGGUGCUGAAGAUGGUGGCUCUGGGCGUGUUCGGGCCGAGGUGUUACCUUGGAGACACGUGGAACCGCUUAGAUCUCUUCAUCGUCAUGGCAGGAAUGCUGGAGUACUCUCUAGAUGGACACAACGUUAGUUUCUCUGCAAUCAGAACAGUCCGAGUUCUCAGACCUCUCCGAGCCAUCAACAGAGUUCCCAGUAUGCGCAUCUUGGUGACGCUCCUGUUGGACACGUUACCGAUGCUGGGAAACGUUUUGCUGCUAUGCUUCUUCGUGUUUUUCAUCUUCGGAAUCGUUGGCGUGCAGUUGUGGGCGGGAUUACUGCGAAACCGCUGCUUCCUGAAUGACGAUGCAAGAGCGACGUAUAACAUCUCUCCGCCUUUGAGCGCUUACUACAGACCCGAAGACUCCGACGACAUCGCCUUCAUCUGCUCGACCAAUCGCGAGAACGGAAUGCUGCGCUGCUCCGACGUCCCACCCCGCAAAGUGGGCGGGGCUUACUGCGAGCUGAACGCUCCCAACGUCACGGACGCCGCUGCUCCAGAGCCCGACCACAGGGGGUGCGUCAACUGGAACGUCUACUACGAUAUCUGCCGAGCGAGCGAGCACAAUCCGCACAACGGAGCCAUCAACUUCGAUAACAUCGGAUACGCGUGGAUCGCCAUCUUCCAGGUGAUCACGCUAGAAGGCUGGGUGGACAUCAUGUACUACGUCAUGGACGCGCACUCCUUUUACAACUUCAUCUAUUUCAUCUUCCUCAUCAUCGUGGGCUCCUUCUUCAUGAUCAACCUGUGCCUGGUGGUCAUCGCCACGCAGUUUUCGGAAACCAAGCAGCGUGAGAACCAGCUGAUGCGCGAGCAGCGAGCUCGCUUCCGGAGCAACGAGUCCACGCUGGCCAGCUUGGCCGAACCCGGCUCGUGCUACGAGGAAAUUCUGAACUACCUUGGGCAUCUUUUGCGCAAGUUUUAUCGCCACGUCCUUCGCUUAUAUAACGGCAUGCGGCGCAAGAACAAGAGCGCUAACCCGGGCGAGUCCGCCGCCGUGGGCGGGGCCAACGGACACUGGCGCAAUAAGGAGAAGGUAGAGCUGACCCGACACCUCUUUCAUCAUCAUCAUCAUCAUCAUCGGUGCAUGGGAAACGGCACGGACGUCCCGGAAAUGAAGGCGGUGCUUCUGAGCGGAGAUAAAUGCCUUCCCAAAUACGCCUCGUCAUUCCCUCUGACCGUGCGCAGCCUCAAGGGGAUCGGCGUCAACUACCCCACCAUCCUGCCCCUGGCCUUCUUCACACACUCACGGGUUCACCCCGGCUGCACUAGUGCCCUCAAGACCAAGAACGCCAACAGCAAAACGCAGCACGGUGUGUACCCGGGUGUGUGUUCGAGCGUGUGUACGGAAGCCGGAAGACGACCGGCACCGUGCGAGCUUCCCGCAUGCACGGUUUCUGCCGGCGAGGCCGACACUCCCAGCUCCGUCUCCGUCUGUGACUCGGACUCGGAGAAAGACGGCGACGCGGAGGCGAAAAAAACCGAGGAGUCGCAGAGGAAUUCCGGCGAGAAGCCGGAGAGGGAAAACUUCCUCAGGGUGUGUGUGCGGUGCGCGAGGGCUGUCCUGAGGAGGAUCGUCGACAGCAAGUACUUCAACAGAGGCAUCAUGAUCGCAAUCCUCAUCAAUACUCUCAGCAUGGGAGUGGAGUACCAUGAACAGCCUGCUGAGUUGACAGAUGUGCUGGAGAUCAGUAAUAUCGUCUUCACCAGCCUGUUUGCCCUGGAGAUGGUGCUGAAGCUGCUGGCCUGCGGUCCGCUGGGAUACAUCAGCAACCCCUACAACAUCUUCGACCUGAUCAUCGUCAUCAUCAGUGUGUGGGAGCUCAUCGGACAGGCGGACGGAGGUUUAUCCGUCCUGCGCACCUUCCGUCUGCUCAGGGUCCUAAAGCUGGUCCGCUUUCUACCAGCUCUGCGCAGGCAACUCGUGGUCCUGAUGAAGACCAUGGACAACGUGGCUACCUUCUGCAUGCUGCUCAUGCUCUUCAUCUUCAUCUUCAGUAUACUGGGCAUGCAUCUGUUUGGGUGUAAGUUCACGCUGCGUCUGGAGAACGGGGACACUAUCUCGGACAGGAAGAACUUCGACUCGCUGCUUUGGGCCAUCGUCACCGUGUUCCAGAUAUUAACGCAGGAGGACUGGAACGUGGUGUUGUAUAACGGAAUGGCCUCCACCUCUCCAUGGGCGGCACUGUACUUCGUCGCUCUCAUGACCUUCGGCAAUUACGUCCUCUUCAACCUGCUGGUGGCCAUUUUGGUGGAAGGCUUCCAGGCUGAGGGUGAUGCUAGCAGGUCAGAAAGCGACGAUGAUGCCUUCUCAUCUGACUUUGACGACGAGGACAAGUUGAGAGAGCUGUCAGGUUUGGAGGUGAAAGUGCAGACGCUCCUGCCCAUUUCUAACGGCCACUUGGAGCCCAGAGCCACCAUGCCGCCGUACCACGCCUACACUACGGCCACGCCCAGAACAGAAGUCUCUCACGUCGACAACCAAUCAGUGCGCAGCAGCAACGCGUCCUACGAGCACCAUGACCAGAAGUCGAUGUCCAGUCUAUGGGGGAGUCGCCGCUCCAGCUGGAACAGCCUCGGACACGCCCCUAGCUUGAAGAGGCGUGACCAAUCAGGAGAGCAUGAGUCGCUACUAUCGGGCGAAUACCGGGACAGUUUCGAAGACGACCUAUCGGAGGAGGAAAAGUCCAGCAGGACCGGCAGCCUGAGCAGAGUUUCGCAUCUCGAGUCGUUCGAUUUGCCAGAACUCCUCCAAGUCCCGCCCGCGCAACACUUCUACGGAGAAUGCAACGGUAGACUGGACGGGUCGUUCCCUUCCUCUCCGUACGCGACGCGACGAGAAACGCCGCGCGCGCCCCCUGCCGAGCAGGACGAGGACUCAGAAGAGAGCUGGUGUGUUAUUCUGAAAAGGAUGCUGGAGCCGUACAAGCCUCAGUGGUGCAGAGAUCACGAGGACUGGUCACUGUACGUGUUCUCACCUCAAAAUAAGUUCCGUGUGCGCUGUCAGAAGGUCAUCACUCACAAGAUGUUUGAUCACAUCGUGCUGGUCUUCAUAUUCCUCAACUGCAUCACCAUUGCGCUGGAGAGACCCGACAUCCAGCCACACAGCAUGGAGCGCAUCUUUCUCAGUGUGUCUAACUACAUCUUUACUGUGAUCUUUGUAGCUGAGAUGACUGUCAAGGUGGUGGCCAUGGGGCUGUACGCCGGUCCAGGCUCGUAUCUGCAAAGCAGCUGGAAUGUUCUAGAUGGGCUGCUGGUGUUCGUGUCUGUCGUGGAUAUCCUGGUGUCCCUGGCGUCCUCCGGAGGAAACCGCAUUUUGGGAAUCCUUCGAGUGGUGCGUCUUCUCAGAACGCUCAGACCACUCAGGGUAAUAAGUAGGGCUCCUGGGUUAAAGCUGGUUGUUGAAACACUAAUAACUUCACUGCGGCCGAUUGGGAAUAUUGUGCUGAUCUGCUGUGCUUUCUUCAUCGUGUUUGGAAUACUGGGAGUCCAGCUCUUCAAGGGAAAGUUUCAUCACUGUGAAGGCUUCGACACCAGAAACGUCACCAACAAGUCCGAGUGUCUGCAGGCAAAUUACCGCUGGGUUCGCAGGAAAUACAACUUCGACAACUUGGGCCAGGCCUUGAUGUCAUUGUUUGUCCUGUCAUCCAAAGACGGCUGGGUCAACAUCAUGUAUGAUGGAUUAGAUGCGGUGGCGGUGGACCAACAGCCCAUAAGGAACCAUAACCCCUGGAUGCUGCUAUACUUCAUUUCCUUCCUGCUGAUCGUCAGCUUCUUCGUGCUGAACAUGUUUGUGGGCGUCGUGGUGGAAAACUUCCACAAAUGCCGUCAGGACCAGGAGGAGGAGGAGGCACGCCUCAGGGAAGAGAAGAGGCAGAGACGGCUGGAGAAGAGGCGCAGAAGUGAGUGUGUGUGUGGCGACGAGGCCCUCCAGAGACCGUAUUAUGCAGACUACUCUCCCGCCCGCCUCUACAUCCACACCCUCUGCACCAACCACUAUCUAGACCUCUUCAUCACCAUCAUCAUCGGCAUCAACGUCCUCACCAUGUCUAUGGAGCACUACAACCAGCCCAAGUAUCUGGAAGAAUCCCUGAAAUACUGUAACUACGUCUUCACGCUGGUGUUCGUGAUCGAGUCGGUGCUCAAGCUGGUCGCCUUCGGCUUCAGGAGGUUCUUCAGAGACAGGUGGAAUCAGCUAGACCUGGCCAUCGUCCUGCUGUCCGUUAUGGGAAUUACGCUGGAGGAGAUCGACCUGAACGCCUCGUUACCCAUCAACCCGACGAUCAUUCGCAUUAUGAGAGUGUUGCGCAUCGCCAGAGUGCUGAAGCUGCUUAAGAUGGCCACGGGAAUGAGGUCGCUGCUGGACACGGUGGUCCAGGCUUUACCGCAGGUUGGAAAUCUGGGGCUUCUUUUCAUGCUGCUGUUCUUCAUCUACGCCGCUCUGGGAGUGGAGCUGUUUGGAAAACUCGAGUGCUCCGAGGAGAACCCGUGUGAAGGUCUGAGCCGUCACGCUACGUUCGAGAACUUCGGCAUGGCGUUCCUCACCCUGUUCCGGGUCUCUACCGGCGACAACUGGAACGGAAUCAUGAAGGACACACUGAGGGAGUGUAAGAGCGGAGAUCGCUGCUUGAGUUACCUGCCGCUGGUUUCCCCGCUGUAUUUCGUGACGUUCGUCCUGGUGGCGCAGUUCGUCCUGGUGAACGUGGUGGUCGCCGUGCUCAUGAAGCACUUGGAGGACAGCAACAAGAACGCCUGCGAGGAGGCCGAGAUGGAGGCGGAGCUGGAGGCGGAGCUACAGAGAAACCGGUGGCAAAAUGCCGCCUCCUCCGCUGGAGACGUUACUGGGUCUCCUGCUCUUAAACAGGGCGACGACCUUCAGGACCGAAACCUGCUCUCAGUCGGGAAGCCAUGCAUAUCGAGAAUGCUGUCUCUACCGAACGACAGCUACAUGUUUUACCCCAAAGCUGGACCCAAACCCAGAGAUCAGCUCUUCUCCAAACAGCACACCAUCGAUCACAUGACAGGCUCACGUCUGUCAGUGAAGUCGGAGUUUUGCGAAUGGGAAUCCCUGCUGCAGGUUCCCGAGCUUCCGUCUGACCCCGCCUCUCAUUCAGAGCCCCUCCCGCCACAUCAUGUGACCACACAAAAGUCCCUCAGGAUGCUCCAAAGACAGGAGGCGAUAAAGAGUGACUCGGUGGAUUCCUCCAGCCCUGGAUCGAUGGACGACGUAUUUCUGCGCCACUCCGAUUCUCUCAAAGUUCCCAGCAUUCCUCUGACCGGAGGCUCCGCCCCUUGUUCGCCUCGAGCCACGCCCCCUACGUGUCGCAGUCGGACAGCCAGCGUCCAAACAAGCAGACGCGUGUACAGCCAGCGCAGCAUCCCGUCACGCAGAUCUACAAACACGCUUCCUGACACGUGCACACACACACACACGUCAAACACACACACCUCGGACGAAGAAAUCAGACAGAUCCUAUCGGCCGUCGACGGAAAAGACUCCGGUGUCGGGCUCCUCAGACGCAGCCACACCUUAUCUCCACACGUCGCAGGCACUUUAUGUCUGAAGAGCCAAUCACAGCGAAGUAACAGUACAGGAAGUGACCUUAGGAAGUACAACAGCAUGGACUCGGCCCACGGGGCGUGGUCAAACCAGCCGCGAAAGAAAAGCACGCCCUUUAAAACGCAAGAAACAGAAGCGUCUGUGUUGCGCAGGAAGCACAAAACGAGUCCCCCUUGCGUUCCGACUUCCACAGACCCGCCCGUUCUCUCGGAAACGGUUCUGAAAAAAAGGCGGGCGCCGUCAUUUGACUCUACGUUGCUCCGGGAGUCUUUGGAUGUUCCUGAUUCUCUGCUACUUGCUAAGCCCCUCCCACAACGUCAUUUAUCAAUCCAUCUCUCUGUCCCAUUCGAGCAGUCGAAUAAUCGCGUUUCAGACGACGGCCAAUCAUCACACCGUGUCCCGCUCGACGCCUAACCUGAGGGUUACGGACCCGUCAUGGGCGUGGCUUGAUUGUUAUGGGCUGGUCAGGAUGAUUCGUUCAUCUAAUGAGGAUUCAGACCAAAACAUUUGAUCCUAACGUGCACCUUUAAGCUAGGAAUUCUAAAAAAAAAAAAAAAAAAAAAAAAACAUUUUAAAAACCACGAUAACAGUAGGGUGAAAAUGAGUUAUGCAAUUGUUUGUUUGUUUAUUUGUUUGUUUGUCUUUCCCCUAAUCAUAUUGAUUAGAGAUUUGAGAUCAUAAAAAACUGA